AUGGAUGCUUAUCAAGUACUGUGUAAGAAAAAUACGUCACUUCCUCCUGAUUGCUGUGAUGACAUCAAAACAGAAGUUAAAUCAUAUGAAAGUUCGUAUGCAUCAUUAUGCUUAAACAGAACUGACGUUGAGUUCCGUCAAUUCAGUGCAAAUUUUACAAAUCUUGGAGCCACUGGUCGCCACGGUCCAACAUCAAUUGGUCAAUUUUACAAUGGUCAGGAUCAUGUAAAUAUGGUAAACGUAUCAAAAGGUAUCCAGUAUUGGACAGUGCCUUACACUGGAACUUAUGAAGUUACUGCUGUCGGUGCACAAGGCGGUUACGACAAACUUGGCUCUACAUACAGAGGUCGUGGAGCUUACAUGAAAGGAGACUUUGAAAUAAACAAAGGAGAAAUUAUUAAAAUUCUGGUUGGGCAAACGGCACCCGUCAAUACUCGUGCCUAUUCAUCAGGAGGUGGAGGUGGUUCUUUUGUUGCUAGGAACAACAAUGUUCUACUACUGGUUGCUGGAGGUGGUGGUGGUUUAGAACACCUGAACAAACGUUUAGAUAACUGUGAUGCGAGCACUAAAACAUCUGGAAAAAAUAACAAAUGUGUCAGUCCUUGUGCAAACUGGGCUGGAGGAGUAAAUGGGCAAGGAGCAAAGCAGGCUGAUUCAGGAAAUUCAGGUGGUGGUGGAGGUGGAUUUUACAGCAAUGGAAGAAGUAGUAAACAGUUUGGUGGAAAGUAUGGAAAUGGAGGAGAAGGAGGUUUUGCUUUUAUAAAUGGAGGAGCAGGAGGACGUGCCAGAACUAACAAUGCCGUUGGUGGAUUUGGAGGUGGUGGUGGGGCAUAUGGUAAUGGUGGGGGAGCAGGUGGUGGAGGUGGUUACUCAGGAGGAGCAUCUGGGGAUAAUGUCUACGGAUCUUGUGGUGGUGGUGGUGGAUCUUAUAAUGCAGGAAAAAAUCAAGUGAACAAGUCAGCAUUUAAUGACAAAGGACACGGAUAUGUCAUUAUCGCUCGAAAGGGGUAG